AGCAGCAGCAGCAGCCACAUUCCCUGACUGCCCAGGAACAACACCAGAGACCAGAGUCAGGGAACAGCAACCAGACACACUGAAACCGGUACUAGUAAUUUCCACGCGUGUUUGGACAACAAGCGGAGUAACAUGGAGUGCGUUCAGGUGGCCAAAGAGGCUGAAAUGGUGGAAAUUAUUCCAAAUGGCAAUCAUGUGGAAGAUCUGACUGUACCAAUCAAAAUGCCACCUGAGGAGGACAGGUAUGAAGAAACUGAAGGAAACUCAGCUGAGUGCGAUGAAUUCCUGCCUCAUUCAGAUAAUGAGAAGAAACCUACUCGAUUCACAGAUUUUGAAGGGAAAACCUCGUUUGGAAUGUCAGUAUUCAACCUGAGCAAUGCUAUCAUGGGCAGUGGCAUUCUGGGUCUGGCGUAUGCGAUGGCCAACACGGGCAUUGUCCUUUUCCUCUUUCUGUUGACGACUGUGGCCUUACUCUCAUCUUAUUCCAUCCACUUGCUUCUGAAAGCUUCUGGGGUAGUUGGAAUCCGUGCAUACGAGCAGCUUGGCUUCAGGGCGUUUGGGACUCCUGGAAAGUUAGCAGCUGCUGUAGCAAUCACCCUACAGAAUAUCGGAGCCAUGUCCAGUUAUCUCUACAUUGUGAAGUAUGAACUUCCGCUGGUGAUACAGGCCUUUCUGAACAUUGAGGAGAAAGCUGGCGAGUGGUACCUGAAUGGAAACUACCUGGUGAUCAUAGCAUCAGCCACGGUCGUUUUGCCUCUGGCGUUAAUGAAGCAACUCGGCUACCUGGGAUACACCAGCGGUUUCUCCCUGAGCUGCAUGGUUUUCUUUCUAAUUGUGGUGAUCUACAAGAAGUUCCAGAUUCCCUGUCCAUUUACUAACAUCCAUGCAAACAGUUCCUUUCUGGGCAGCGUCAGUUACGAGAAUACUACCAGCUGCAACAACAGCGACAUUCACAAAGUCACUGAGGACCAAUGCUCCCCACGGCUGUUUACCUUGAACUCUCAGACUGCGUACACUAUUCCCAUCUUGGCCUUUGCCUUUGUCUGUCACCCAGAGGUACUACCUAUCUACACAGAGCUGAAAAACCCAUCCAAGAAAAAAAUGCAGCACGUGUCGAACAUCUCAAUCAUGGUCAUGUACGUCAUGUACUUUCUCGCAGCGCUCUUUGGAUACUUGACGUUUUAUGGCAGAGUUGAGCCAGAGCUGCUGCAUACAUACAGUAAGAUUGACCCUUUCGAUACACUGAUUCUGUGUGUCCGUGUAGCUGUGCUGAUUGCUGUAACCCUCACAGUGCCUAUUGUGCUCUUCCCGGUGCGCCGAGCUAUCCAGCAAAUGCUGUUCCAGAAUAAACCCUUUAGUUGGUUGAGACAUUUCAUCAUUGCCAUCAGCCUGCUUACUUUGAUCAACUUACUGGUUAUCUUUGCACCAAACAUACUUGAUAUCUUUGGAAUUAUUGGUGCUACCUCUGCCCCAUGUUUAAUUUUCAUCUUCCCAGCUGUGUUCUACAUGCGGAUAGUGCCAAAAGAAGAAGAGCCAAUAAGGUCGCAUCCAAAAAUCCUGGCUGCUUGUUUUGCGGGUCUGGGAGUUCUCUUCAUGACCAUGAGCCUCAGCUUCAUUUUCAUCGACUGGUCCACAGGAGGUGGUAAUGUGAACGGAGGCCACUAGACAACAGAGUGCCUCAUCCACUGAGAGCUAAGUGCCCCCUCCACACCCCCUCAACCUCAAGGAGCAAGAUAAUCGCUGUAGAAAACUGCCAACAAACCCCAAUGCCCACCCUGCGUCCUCUGUAAUGAGACACACACUGGUAGUACUGUACAUAUAUAUAGUUUUGCACACCAGCAAUUUUUAUACCAUAUAACUGUAUAGUAAUGAAUUGAUGAAAAUGUGUGCAUGAGAUUUUAUAAAACUGCAACAUUUCUAAGUUAUUUUGUAUAGAUCUAGGACACAGGCGGCAUUUUCAGAGUUAUAGUCUGUGAAAUAACUGGCUUAGUAUAGUGUAGGGCCACAGGUAUCGUUGCCUGGGGCCUGAAUUUAGCACCUUGGGUAUACUGGCGGCUAAGUCUUGUUUUUAUAAUAUAUAUUUUACAUUGUGCUCUUUUGACACAACUGAACACUAUACAGAAGCAUGUUUAAAGAUGGUUCGGAAUAUUGCAAAACAAAAAAGAGAUUUUGAACUGCCAUUCACGGUUCCCAUUUCCAACGGCCCUGCUAAAUGCUGUGCGCACCUUUUGUUAUAGAUAACAGCAGUUCUGAUGCCUGAUUACUUAAUUUUAACAAAAAAAGCCUUUGAUGUAUAGGUAGGUAAAUGCAUUGCAUGGUUUGGUGGUGAACCAUCUAUGCCUGGCCGUUCUCCUGGUGCAAAACUUUCUCUGUGCCGAAUGAGCUGGUCUCGGUCAGGUCGUGGUAAAGGGGUUCCCUAGGCUAGUGAGGGGAACAAAAUCAGUCGGGGGCUCCACUAUCCACAACCCUGCAGAAUGUUGUAGAUCCUGAAUCAAAUCAUGCUGAAGCUCAACUGUUAUGUCUCCAUGGUGACAUAGCCUGUAGACUCACUGACCACUCAUGUGGAAUCUGGCCACUUGGGUGAGGUACGAGAAGACUGACCUCAUCUAUCAAAUUAUAAUUUAACAUGUCACAUGUUGAGCAAUGUAGAUAUAUAUUUUAAAUGAUUCAGAGGUAGAUAUUUAGCAGAUUAAUGGAGCGCUUAGAUUUUGCUCUCUAAAUACACAGUAGUGGGAAGAUUGCUCUUUGAAAUGAAAAUGGUCCUUUUUGGCCUUCAUCUCACAUAGAUUACAAGCUCAGCAGUGCUAGUGGAAAGCUUGCUGGCCUGAAUAUUCAUUCGUGAAAACAGUAAGUUCACAAUAAAGUUUGGAAAACAGACGGCUAUUUAUGGUGGGCCGUUUUGACAGCGGGAAACACUUACUCAUUAACAGAUAUGCGGCUUCCCAGUCUGUGAGGCUGCUUUACACAAUUUGUAAGACUUGCCUGCAAGCCACCCUGGUGAAGCUUCUUGCUGCACUGUGCACGGGACUGGAAAACCUGGGUUGCAAUCCAGGAGACUACUCCUGAAAGGUGAGCCAAUUCAACAUCAACAGUGCUAUCAAGCGGCACUUGCUUAGCAAUAACCUGCUCAUUGAUGCCCAGUUUAGGUUCCGCCAGGGCCACUCAGCU